CAAUCAGCCUUACACGCACAUUUCCAGGAUGUGGAGUUCAGAACGCUCUCUCUUAUGACAGAAAUUAAUUUCACUUGCUAUAUCUUUGUGCGCGAUUAUGUAAUUCCGUCCUCUGAUUUUAGCGGAGCACCUGACGGACUCGCCUUAAGCGGAAGUGCUGUGGGCUCCAUCGAAACUGUAGGAGAAAACAGAAAAAUCCAAAACAGUCUAGUCGACAGUCAUAAAAGAAUAUGAAAACACAAAGGCCGCUUUUUUCCUUUCAUACGGCCUAGCCGGCGAAGCGGCAUGACAAAGUUUUAAAACCGUAACUACGUGAAGGUCGGCGAAUGGCCUGAGGGGAAAUUAACUUUGGAGGGGAAGGAGAUCGACUUUUGGCAUUCAACUCGGUCUUCUCUGAAAAUGGCUGAAGGAAAUCUUGCUUCUUCCCUGGAGGACAAAAAAGAAAAUGCAGCUCCAAAGCAUAUUGACCCUUCUAAGUUACAAACACUGCUUUCCUCACUUAAUAUCAACAUGCAUCAGUUUGCAAAAAGAAUGGAAGAGGAGUUUGAAAUUAUCUGUGCACAGUUACCCCAGGGCUACAACUAUGCAAUGCGGAGUGAAAUCAAGAGGCUGAUGACGUUUGACAAUCUGGAAUCAUAUUCUUCUUACUCCCCUGAGGAGAUGGCUGAAAAUGGCUUCUUUAGAACAGGAAUCAAGUCCAGCAUUCAGUGCUUUUGCUGCGGAGUGGUACUUUGCACAAUGAGUAUAGCAAAGGACCCAUAUGUCUCACAUCUGGAAUUCCAGCCAAACUGUGACUUUAUUAGAGGAUUAGAAGUUGGCAAUAUACCAAAAUAUGAAAUCAAAUUGCAAAAAAAUAAAAAUAUCGAUUUGAAUAAAGCUAGCUUGUACUGUUUGGAAGAGAGAAGGGUUGAGUCAUAUAAAGACUGGCCCAGUUUUUCUAAAGUUGCUGUGAAUGAAUUGGCACAUGCUGGGUUUUAUUUCACAGGACUGCGUGAUGAAGUUCAGUGCUAUUCCUGUGGUGGGAGUUUAGCACAUUGGGAAGAAGGGGAUGAUCCUUGGAAGGAACAUGCAAAAUGGUUCCCAGAAUGUAAUUAUUUACAAUCGAUGAAGUCCACAGAGGAAAUUGAAAAUUUUUCCAGAAAUUAUGACGGGUUUUAUGGUGUCUCGGAAAAACAUUACUACUCAGAUAUUUGGACAGAUGAACAACCAAACAUCACAACUGCCAAACCAGGAAACAUUUCAAAAUUUCCUUCAAGCAUCUUCCAAAAUGAACACUGCCGGAAAGAGUCAUUUAAUGUUCUACCAAAUGUUGAAAAGAGUGUUGUCACAAUGCUUGCUGAAGCAGGGUUUUUCUAUACAGGGAAGGAUGAUACACUGCAGUGCAUUACAUGUGGUGUUACAAUCCAUGAAUGGAGGAGCCCUGAUAGUGAGCCACAGGAAAUUAAUGAUAAGCAUGAACUGGUCUGCCAGUUUUAUGGAACCCCAAAUCCACAACAAGAGAAAAAUAAGGAUUCAGCCAAAGAAGCUCUUUUAAGCAAGACAGAAGGUGAUUUUCCUUUGCAAGAAAACAUGCCUCUGCAAGAAACCAGGCCAGAUGAGUGGCAUCAAAAAGCAAAGAGAGUGUGCAGUGGGCUGAGGAGCGUGUAUAACUCUUCAACCUUUCGAAAAAUCAGCCCCUUCACUGAUUUUGCGCAUGUGUCUCCAGAUUUAAAGCAUGUGUUUGCAUGGCUGCCCCUGAUCUUGAAGAAUGUGAAGAAUCAGCCUGUGCAGAAUGUGUCUCUCCCUGUUCUUCUUAGAAAUCUGAGCUGCAUCACUGUCAUUGAAGGGGAAGCUGGAUGUGGAAAAUCAGCAUUGCUCAGAAAGAUUGCCAUCCUGUGGGCAUCUGGGAAUUGCCCUGUGUUACAGAGAUUCAAGCUGGUAUUUCACCUUUCACUUAAUUGUCUUCAGAAAGAGCAGAGUUUGUCUAACAUGAUUGCUGAGCAGCUUGGCACAGUAGGAGUGUGCCUGAGUGAGGAGUUCAUCAAGGAGUCAAUCAGGAAGCUGAAUAACCAGGUCUUAUUUCUUUUGAAUGACUGUAGCACUACAGAUGCAAUUCCACAUUGCAUUGAAGAUCUGUUACUACAGAAUCACAUCAAUAAAGUCAGUGUGGUGAUUGGCAUUCAAACACACAGAAGUGCCAAAGUGCGGCAAUGUGCCUCUAGUGUCCUUGAAAUUAAAACUUUUCCGGUGUUUAGUACCUUAUACAUUUUGAAAAAGCUUUUCUCUCAUAACAUCAGGCUGGUGGAGGAACUCACUGUAGAACUGGGUUAUUCCAAGGAUUUACAAGAAAUUAUUAAAACACCUCUUUUUGCUCUUAUUAUAUGUUAUCUGUGGAUCAAGCGCCCAAUACCUAAAUUCCAAAACAGUGUUGUUUUUAGACUCUAUCUGAACCACAUUUUGCAAAAAUAUUCUUUUUGGUCUGAAAGGUUGACAACUCUGCUUUCUUGCCUAGGAGAUCUUGCAAUAGUUGGGCAUUUUAAUCAGCGUUUUGAAUUUAGCAGCGAUGACCUCAAACAAGUUGGCAUUGAUGAAAAUGAAGUCCUAAAUAUUGGACUGCUGAGCAAGUUUACAGCACAGAUGUUGAGACCUGUGUACAAGUUCUUUCAUAGUCACUUUCAGGAGUUUGUGGCAGGUAGGCGACUUGCUGAGCUACUCCAAUCAAAGUCAGCAGAGAGUCAAAACAAAGGCUGGCAUUAUCUGAAGCAAAUUGAUACCUACCUUAAAGUAAUGUGCUAUUACAAGAACUUUUUAGAAUACGCAUGCACUUCUUCUCCAGAUGCUUCUACUAAAAUCAUUUCCCAUGUGCUCGAUCUUGCAGGCAGAAAAGAAUUUUAUAAUUCCAGUUUUGAGAGCAUUAAGAACUUAGAGCCAUAUCAAGGUCUUUUCUUUACAGAAGAAACAUUUAAAAAAAUAUUUAAAAUGUCUUUGCUUAAUAGACUUGGGGAAGAUUUUCUGUUUAACAUGCUUCUGAAUCAGGUGGUGAAUAUGACUCAUAUGGGUAACUCCACCACAAACUGUGCUCCUUAUAUUUUGAAGUUCCUCACUGGAAAGAGCCUACCAUUCUCUUUUGAUGGCACAGCAGGCAUUCAGCCUUUAGAUUACUUCCUUGAGGAAUUCCCGGAAGCUUUGGGAUUGUUUAGUCAUAUGGAAAUAACCAUUCAUGGUAAAAAACAUAUUAAGCUUCCAGAGUACUACAACAGCUGGGAUUUGGUUACUCCACAGGAGAGACCCAUUGUUGAAGAAGAGUUUUCUUCAGUUUAUCAAGUUAUAAGCAGUGUUACUGAGAAAUUGACAGCAGACAUCAAUAACAUCAAUAGUUCAACUGGAAUGACUCAAAGACUUCUACCCGACUCAAAAAUACGUGUCUUUUUAAAAGCUGCAGAUAAAUAUCAACUCCCUGUCCUGAAGCUCAAUAUACAAAACUGUGGUAAACUCAUGGAGGAAGACUUUUUGAAUCUAAUGGCAGUGAUUGCGGCAUCUCGUCAAGUUGUGCUUUGUAUUCAUAACAGUGAAGGUUUUCUUGAAAGCAUUCAAUUUAUCAUCGAAGUCUACUUCGGACGCUUUGGAAAAAUUUGUAUUAUUGACAGUGAUUUAACAAGAAAUGAAGAAGAGCUGAUUAUGUCUAUGUCUUCUCUAGAAUCACUUGAAAUGAAGUUCACAAAGGUACCAGAGCUCCUGAUUUCAAAUUUGGACAAAUUUUCAUUUCUUAAAGAGUUGUCUUUGAUUGGACCAUCAAACUGGCAGGUAUUUGAUAAAGUACCAGAUGAUUUCUGUAAACUUCUUUCCAUGGAAAAACUUGUCAUACAGCAUGUGGACAUGCAGCGGGAUUUCAACAGACUUGUGUCAUUUAUUCAGCAUUUUCAUAAGCUGAAGGUUUUCUAUCUUCAGUGUAAUUCCUGCCCUGGGUUUAUUGACAUUAUUACCUCUCUAACUAUGUGCUGUGACUUGGAGAGUAUUACCUUUGGAGGUUUUUUCCCAGGAGAUAAAGACAUUUCUGCUUUUGCAUCGUCCUUACCAAGUUUUAAAAAACUGAAGGUCCUGGACUUGAGUGCAAAUGCGAUGGGGGCCGAUAUCAGCAAGGAAGUAGCUAAACAAUUUGCUCACGCCCUGGGGUUUCUUGAGUGUUUGGAAGAACUGCUGUUUCCAGUAGGAACUGGCAUGAAGUAUGCUCUCUCAACUGCAAUUCAACAGUUCCAGAAAUUCCCUCAUCUGAAGAUUCUGUCAAUAGGCACUUGUAUGGAGGACACAAACCUAUUUGAGCUAGCAACAACUGCAAAAGAAGGUCAUCUUCAAGCCUUGCAGAAACUGGAAUUGCUCGCUAACCAUAACAUCACGGACUCGGGCUGGAGGAACUUCUUCCUCACCUUUGAUCGGACACCUCACUUGAAGGAGAUUGCCAUGAGCAGAUUGUACACUCACAACCUGAAACCAAGCGCAUCUACAGUUCGGGCUUUUGUGCAGUGUGUCUCACGGCUCCCCAGUCUCAUUAACAUAGUCAUGUUUGGCUGGCUGCUGGACGCAGAGGAUCUGCAGCUGUUUGAGACCAUGAAGAAAGAGCAUCCCCAGGCCAAAUGCUUACGUAUUGACUUAAAGUGGAUUGUGCCUUUCUUACCAAUGAUUAAGAAAGAAACCCUUUAUGCAGCUCCUUUGGAUUUUAAGCCCAAGAAUGCAAAACUAGUGUCGCAGUUUAGUGACAAAACAGAGAUGUUAGAGACGCUUUGUGCCAGAAUGUCGGCAGCUGUUGUCACCUGUGAGUUUGGUGUUAACAAAUCAACAGUAAAGAAGGAAGGUCGAGACUGGCUCGAGACAUCAAGGCUGCAGAUCCCAUCAUCGAUCGCAGCCUCAAGGGUGCGAACGUGUCCGCUGUAUCGGAGUGCCGUCUGUGAUUUUCUACCGAAGAAGUUUGUCAGUUUCGAUCUCACAAGGACUGAGCGGUCUGCGCUCACUUUCGAUUGCAAAUCUUCUUCCUGCUCCUUACCCGAAGACCGAGAAGGGAUGAGGAGCAGUACAGCUCAGUGCCCUCAAACCCAUGGUGAUCAGGCAUACGGGGCUUGGGGGGGAGAUGAGGAGAGCAGUUGUGGAGGUCCUAAGAGUGUGGUUGGGGGUAUAAACAGGCUAAUGGCAGAAUCAGAACUUUCAGAUGCAGUGGACCAAUUCAAAGUAAAUAAAAUUGCUGAGCAAUUGGCACAGAAAUAUGAUCGUAUUAAAAGGAUCGGAUUAUGGUUGAAUCAAGGCUUAUGCUUUGUGAAGGAAGAACAAGAGAAAUUUAAAGAAGCACAGGCCAGAUUACAUCAAGGUUAUAAUCCAGAGAUGAGAAGUGAAAUAAGCAGGCUGAAAUCAUUUGAAACUUUAAAGUCCUUUUCAUCCUGCUCUCCCUCAGAGAUGGCUAAAGAAGGCUUCUACAGUACAGAAGUUGGAUCAUACAUGCAGUGCUUUUGCUGUGGGUUUGUGCUUUUAGGAACACCCCAGGAUAAAACCCCACACAUCUGCCAUCAGGAAUUUCAGCCAAACUGUGACUUUAUUAAAGGCUUAGAGGUGGGCAACAUACCGAAAUAUGAAGUUCGAGUCCAACAAAAUAUAGACAUUGACCUUGACAAAGUACAGCUCUACAGCGUAGAAGAGAAACGAGUCGAGUCCUACAAAGACUGGCCAAAUUAUUCCAAAGCAGACCUCAUCGGACUGGCGCGGGCUGGGUUUUACUUUACAGGAGUUAGGGACACGGUGCAGUGUCAUUGCUGUGGUGGUACAUUGUCUCAUUGGGAACAGGAGGACGAUCCUUGGAAAGAACAUGCAAAAUGGUUUCCAGAAUGUGAGUUUCUACAAUCAAAAAAAUCCCGGGAUGAAAUUACACAGCUCAUAAAAGAAUAUGAUGGAUUUAUUGGCAUAUCGGCAAAGCAAUACUGUCAAGAUGACUGGAUGGGCUCUCCUCAGGACAACAUGCCUAAAACGUUAGUAACUGGACCAGAAAAUGAGUGGCUUCACGAUUCUAAGAGGCUGUGCAGUAGCCUAAGGGAUGUGUACAACUCUUCUGCCUUUCGAAACAUGGCCCGAUUCUCUGAUUGUGCAACGGUGUCAAUAGAUCUGAAACACAUUUUUGCCUGGGUGCCCAUGGUCAUGAAGAACAUAAACAAUCAACCCAUGCAGAAAGUCUCUCUUCCCAUUCUACUGAAAAAUCUGAGCUACAUCACUAUGAUUGAAGGGGCAGCUGGGAGUGGAAAAUCAGCAUUGCUCAGAAAAAUUGCCAUCCUGUGGGCAUCUGGGCAUUGCUCUGUAUUAAAGAGAUUCAAAUUGGUCUUUUACCUUUCCUUUAAUGGCCUUCAGAAGGGCCAGAAUUUGUCUGACAUGAUUGCCGAGCAGCUUGGCAUGGCACAACUGCGUCCGAGUGAAGAGCUCAUCAGAGAGUCAAUCAGGAAGCUGAAUAACCAGGUUUUAUUUCUUUUGGAUGACUGUGGUGUCACAAUUUUAAUUCCCCAUUGUAUUGAAGAUCUGAUGUUGCAGAACCACAUCAAUAAGGCCAGUAUGGUGAUUGGAAUUCAAACGUACGGAAGUGCCCGUGUUCGACAGUAUGCUUCAAGAAUCCUUGAAAUGGCUCCAUUCCCAUUUUACAGCACUUUUUAUAUUUUAAGGAAGGUUUUCUCGCAUAACAUUGCUCUGGUUGAGCGAUUCGUCGUAGAGCUUGGCCUAUCACUUUUGCUUCAAGAAAUACUGAAAACACCUCUUAUGGCCAUUAUCAUAUGUGACCUGUGGAUCCAGCACCCUAAUCCGUGCAUUGAAACUAGAAAUAUAUUUAAAGCCUAUCUACAUCACUGUGUACAGAAAUACCCUUCUGAAACAGAAAAGCUAGCAAAGUUAGCCUCUUGUUUGGGAGAACUUGCAUUAGAGGGGGUUUUCAGCAACCGUACAGAGUUUGACAGAACAUAUCUUGAACAGGCUGGUAUCGGUGAGAACGAAGCCCUCUGUACAGGACUGUUGGACAAGUGUACAGCACAAAGGCUGAGACCUAUGUACAAGUUCUUUCAUUUUCACUUUCAGGAGUUUGUGGCAGGUAGGAGACUUGGUGAGCUACUUCAAUCAGAGUCUGUAGAAAGUCAGAACAAAGGUUUACAUUACCUGAAGCAAAUAGACACAUUCCUCAAGGUGAUGUGCAGUUACAAGCUCUUUUUAGAAUAUGCAUGCAUGUUUUCUCCCGGCGUUGCAGUUAAAAUAAUUUCACAUAUACUCAGUCAUGCAGAUAAAAAGGGAUUUUAUGAUUCUAAAAAUGACAGCAACAAAAUGUCUGAGAAUUACCUAGAUGAAUACAUGUCCCAAACCCUGCUGACAGGAUUAUUGCCCUCCAUUUUUCUAGAGGAGUUUCCUUUAUUUGAGGAAGCCAUUUUCAGCCAACUUUUAAAAUACAUACUGAAUCUUGUAUAUAUCACUAAAUCUACUGAUGCUGCUGCUCCUCACAUUUUGAAAGCCCUCACAGGAAAAAGACUGUCUUAUUUGCAUCACUUCUUUUUAGAUUACCCUGAAGCUUUAUCAGUGCUGAGAGAAUUUAAAGUUAGUAUUAAGGGAGAGAGAACGAUAAAGACCUUGGAAUAUUCAGGGAUGGAAGAUACCUUCUCGUUACUUGGCAGACCUGUUGUUAAUGAAGAUCUUUCAGCAGCUUAUGCAUAUGCAAAUAGUGACAUACAAGAGAUGAAAUCAAAAGUUGAUAACAUAAACAAGUUGGAGAUGAAUAAGAAAACUGGCCUAUCUGGUCAAAAUCUACACAUUUUCGGUAGGAUCUCAAACAAAUAGAAGAUACCGA